CCGGGAUCCGAACCUGUGAACCCCAGGCCACUGAAGCAGAGCCUGUGAACGUAACCACCAUGCCGCCAGGCCAGCCCCAGGUUCCCAUGUUUUUGAUGUUGAGUAGGGAGAGGUUGGAUAAUGAGGGAAAACAGCCUUGUUUCAAAUAUGUUUGGUUUGACGAGUAGGGAGGGUUCCAUGUCUGGGUAGCAAGUAGGGAGGGUUUGGAGGCUGAGGGAUACCAGCUGUCUCUCAAAAAUAUACAUAUACAUAUGGAGAAAUAUUUGUAAUUAUGAAAGCCAGUACAUACUGAGCAUUUACUGCAGGCCAGGCAUGGUCCUAAGCAAGCUUUAAAUGUAUUAACUCAUGCUCACAGCACCUCUGUGAGGUACAUAUUCUUAUCGUCACCCCCAUUUUACAGAUGCGGACAUUCAGGCACAGAGGUUAAGUGAUUUGUCCAAGCAGUCACACAGCCAGUAGGUGGCAGAGCUAGGUUGAAUCCCUGACCCACCACUUGCUACCCCUACAUGAGGCCGGGUGAGGCUCAGGUCCUGGCUGGGGUGGGGCUUAGAGGUUGGCUGUCUUCUAGGCUGUUAAAAGUCGUGGGCCAGGGCAGUGGUGUGUGUGGGUGCCUCUGCCCCAUCUGUCUGCCUGGCCCGAGGGGCCCUUACUCUCCUCUCCUCACUCCCGCGCGCCCUCCACCUGCGUGAGUUUAUUAUUGUCGUCAUUAACAGUCAUUAAUGACGUGGUGCGAGUUACCAUGCACUUUGAAAUGCCUUCCAAAGUUCCUUUCGCCUCUGUCGGCUCUGAAACCACCGUGUACCCGUUUUACAGAUGAAGAAGACUUGAGACUUAAUCUUCAUUGCCAGCCUGAUGCCCUUGUCCCUCUCGGCUCUGAUUUUAUAAACAUCCGUCUUCCCAACAUCCUUGGUGUCCCACAGGAGGCAGGAGAGGCCAUGGCUGAGAGGACACUCCCCACCAACACCCAGCUGCCCACCUUAUGGCUACCGCCUCCACCAGCCCCAGGCAGUGAAGCGGGGGGAGAAGGGGGGUGAUGAAAGGGGCCUUUGUGUCCCAUGCCAGAAAUCUCACACCCAGGAAGAAAGGUGGGCAGGGUGGCGGGAGGCCACAAUAGCGUGUAUGUGGGGCGUUGCUGAUCCAGUGAGCUCCUCUCCGGACUUGGCCCGCCUGCCAAGCAGAGAGGGAGCUUUCCUCACUCUGCUUUCACAUCAUGGCGUGGGCUGCCGCAGGGACCUGGCUUGGGCUUGGGCCCUGAGGUCACAAAGUAGAUGGUCCCAAAUGGAGUACAGGCUGUGUGGUGUAUGCCGGGACAGGCCCAGAGCUCGGGUGGCGGUGUGGGGAAGACAGUACCUCAGGGGGACUCAGAGCCCUCAGUUUCCUUGGCACCUGUCCAGAAAUGCCUCGGGGCAGGGGGGUGGAUGGGGGAGACCCAGCCUGGACGUGAAGAAGCGUGAGCCCCCUUUCCCACUCCUCCUCCCUUGCGGGAGGAGCCUCUGUCGGCCUCCACUGCAGGAGCCAGCCCCCCGACUUCUGCUUCUACCUGCUCUUAUGCCUCUGUGAUCAGAAUCAGGCCUCUUCACCUCCCCGAGCCGCAGCUUCCACAUCUACAGGCUGGCUCUGAGGAGCUGGGUUGGUGCCCUCCUCCCAGGUUUGUAGGGAUCUGGAGGGCUUGAACCACAUGUGUGUGUUGUUGGUUUGCUAGGAUGAUUUCUUCUGGAGCUGCAGAAGGUGGUAGAGUCUUGAGACCUGGUCUCUCCUUAGAAAAGUUGACCCCCUCUCUCCCAACUUGGGCAAUAAUCAUCCCAGUGAGGGUGGGACUUGCUCUAAGACCUAAGACCUUCUCCCAGCCCUGCCUUGCCCCGGGAGGGAAGGGUAGGGGCCUCAGGAAUGUGAUGUGUGCUGCCAAGAGACACACACCCAAUUUACACCCAAGACCUCCUGUGUGCCUAGCAGCUCCCCGGCUCUCUGUCCCCCAGCUCCUAGGUAGUACCCUUGGCUGGGCCAAGUCUGAUCUGGGAACUUGAGCGGCACCAGAGUCAGCUGCCGCUGCCACGACCCUUAGCCCUUCUUCCUCAGUCCUCUGCUAGGCAGUGAGGGGGGAGGUCCAGGUCUUGGCCAUGUUGGACACCCUGAGGGGACCUGGCUUCCGGACUGCCCCUGAGGGUAGCCCGAGCCCUGGUGGCAGGCAGGCAGGCAAGGGUUAAAAGGUAUGGGCCUGCCCAGUCCCUGGCCAGGUAGGCUGGGCCAUUGCCUAGUGGGAGGCGGCCUAGGCAUCCGCCACUGCACUCCCCGCUCACUGCCACUACCAGCCGGAGCAGGGCCUGGUCAAGACAACUGUUUUUUUGAGGUACCCAAGGCCACCCCACAGCACGUCUCUGGCAUUGGCAAGACUCCUGACGGUGACCCAUGGGCCUCUGAGGAGGCGUUGUAAGUCCGCCCGGCUUCCCACUUGCUGUACUCCCACUCAAUGGGAAGGGAACCAAGGCCUUGUCCAGCCAUCAGCCCCGGCCUCUUGACAGCACCAGGAUGGAAGUCAAAGGUCAGCUGAUCAGCUCUCCCACCUUCAAUGCCUCAGCUGCCCUGUUUGGAGAGGCCGCCCCCCAGGUGAAGUCAGAGCGUCUGCGGGGGCUGCUUGACCGGCAGCGGGCCCUGCAGGAGGCCCUGAGCCUGAAACUUCAGGAGCUGCGCAAAGUGUGUCUCCAGGAGGCGGAGCUGACUGGCCAACUGCCCCCUGAGUGCCCACUGGAGCCAGGUGAACGGCCUCAGUUGGUCCGCCGGCGGCCCCCUGCAGCCCGAGCCUACCCUCCACUGCACCCCAACCCAGCACACCACUCCUUGUGCCCUACUGAGGAGCUGGCUCUUGAGGCCCUGGAGCGUGAGGUGUCAGUGCAGCAGCAGAUUGCGGCCGCUGCCCGCCGCCUGGCCUUGGCCCCCGAGCUGAGUGCCGAGCAGCGCCGACGCCGGCGCCAGGUGCAGGCAGACGCGUUGCGGAGGCUGCAUGAGCUGGAGGAGCAGCUCGGGGACGUCCGGGCCCGCCUUGGCCUCCCAGUGCUCCCGCCACUGUCCACGGGGCCAGUUAUCACCACCCAGGGAGUGUGCCUGGGCACGCGCCUCGCUCAGCUCAGCCAAGAGGAUGUAGUUCUGCACUCGGAGAGCAGCUCCCUCUCAGAGUCUGGGGCCAGCCAUGAUAAUGAGGAGCCCCGUGGAUGCUUCCCUCUGGCCGAGCGUCCCUCGCCACCCAAAGCCUGGGACCAGCUGCGGGCGGUGUCUGGGGGCAGCCCUGAGCGACGAACCCCGUGGAAACCAUCCCCAUCAGAUCUUUAUGGGGAUCUGAAGAGCCGGCGGAACUCUGUGGCUAGCCCCACCAGCCCCACACGCUCGCUGCCCAGGAGUGCCUCCAGUUUUGAGGGGCGAAGUGUGCCUGCCACCCCUGUCCUCACCCGGGGCGCUGGCCCCCAGCUUUGCAAACCCGAAGGUCUCCAUUCUCGCCAGUGGUCCGGCAGCCAGGACUCCCAGAUGGGCUUCCCACGGGCGGACCCUGCCUCCGACCGCGCCUCCCUCUUUGCAGCUCGCACCCGCCGCAGCAACAGCUCCGAGGCCCUGCUAGUGGACCGGGCAGGUGGUGGGGGAGCCAGCUCCCCACCUGCACCUCUGGUUCCCCCUGCCACUGGCCCCCCGGUCUGUAAGAGCAGUGAGGUGCUGUAUGAGCGCCCCCAACCAACCCCUGCCUUCUCCUCCCGCACAACAGGCCCCCCAGACCCUCCCCGGGCUGCCCGGCCUAGCUCAGCAGCCCCUGCCUCCCGCGGGGCCCCCCGGCUCCCACCUGUGUGCGGAGACUUCCUCUUGGACUACUCCCUGGACCGGGGCCUGCCCCGUGGUGGCGGCGGGGCAGGCUGGGGGGAGCUGCUGCCCGCAGCUGAGGUCCCAGGACCCCUCUCCCGCCGGGAUGGGCUCCUCGCCAUGCUCCCAGGCCCACCACCUGUGUAUGCAGCUGACGGCAGCAGCCCCCUCCUCCGCAGCAAGGACCCCCACACCCGUGCCACCCGCACCAAGCCCUGUGGCCUGCCCCUGGAGGCCACUGAGGGUCCAGAGGUGCAUCCAAACCCUCUGCUGUGGAUGCCGCCACCCACCCGUAUCCCCCCAGCUGGUGAGCGCAGCGGCCACAAGAACCUUGCCCUGGAGGGGCUGCGGGACUGGUACAUCCGGAACUCGGGACUGGCCUCGGGGCCCCAGCGCCGGCCUGUGCUCCCCCACAUGGGCCCGCAACACCCACCCUUCCUCCAUGCCCGCUGCUAUGAGGUGGGCCAGGCGCUGUAUGGGGCCCCCAGCCAGGCGCCGCUCCCACACUCAAGGAGUUUCACGGCGCCCCCUGUCUCCGGCAGAUACUACGCGGACUUCCUGUACCCCCCGGAGCUGAGCGCUCGUUUAAGUGACCUGACGCUAGAGGGGGAGCAGUCCUCCAGUUCUGACCCCCAGACCCCGGGGACACUGGUCUGACCCCUUCUGAUAUGCCCCUCGUUGGUCUGGGCAUGACUCCAGUCUGGGGAGCACACAGCUGACCUCGCUGAGCCCUGGGGUGGGGUUGUUCUCAGUCCUGGGUCGGGGCGCCAAUCAGAUCUUCCAAGGCCCCUAGCUCCCUGUGGGUCCAUGAAGGUGUCUGACACCCUGCUUCUCCUCUCACACUGUGCUGGGGACUGAGGGCCCUCAGCUAGCUUAAAAGAGGGGGGGAUGGUGUAAUGGGGACUCCAAGCCCCUUCCUCCAUUUCUGUUUACAGUUGUGACUUAGGUAUUCACUGUCUUCCCCCAACACUAGACGUUUUAUGAAAGGGAAACUGUGAUCUCGUCCUGGUUGGGUUCAUUCCCGUCCCCGUGCCCAGCCUGUUCCAUUUAGGAACCCCCUCCACAAAAUGGACCACAUAGGGUCUUAGGGCCCUGUUUGGGGCAGCCAGGAUACUCCGGUGUGAACAGAACUCCCUGCCACCCCUCGCCAGGGCAGUUCUUGGGGAGGUGGGCUCUCUGCCCACAUUUGGAAGGACUGAAGUCUGGGUGGGGGGCUUGGGUUCAUUUUCCCACCCUCAGGGGUGCCUGAAGGAGCCCCAGUCCCUGUCUGCCUGUCUGUGCCCGCUGCCUCUGCCCACAGGGUGAGAUAGCCCAGCCUUUGGCGGCAGCCUCCGCCCUGUCUAUCCCCGAUCAGGAGGCCCCGCAGGAGGGCCAAAGGGCAGAGCCAUCGGAUGUGUUGUGUCCUGGGAUGCUGCGGUGGUGGAACCUGGCGUCUGGUAGAUGCCAGUAAAAUCCUCAGGUGACGUCUGGCCAUGGGCUACGUCACGUCUUCCUUGGCUUUCUUUCCAUCCACCACUUUUUAAACAAAUCCACACAACCUGUGUUUUCUAUGAUACCUGUCUGUGACUUUCUGGAGCUGGGGGUUCCCCUGCCCCCUUUACCUGGUGUUAAACUUUUUUUUGUACCAAUGGAUCUGGGCCCAAGACACUACCCACACUGGAAGGGGAUUUCUAUAAUAAAUGUGUAAACUGAA